AGGCGGGAAACAACGUUUCCCGGAAGUUAGUUUAGAUGCGGAAGCGCAGCUGAUGAGCACCGUUCGCUCUGUGCUCACUGGAAAUUAUAGAAAUUCAUGCUCGUUCAGGGGAAGUUGUAAAAGUUUAACGCCGCUGGUGAAAUAAACAGAGAGACUGUGCAGGUUGCUCACUCGUAGCACCCGAUCACACAGGUGUAUUAUGUCGGCAGAAGACUGUGGAGACAAGAAAGACACAAUGUCCUGAUGGAGAACAUCCGACCACGUCUGAAAUUUGGGAAUAAAGUGGAAGAAGUGAAACUGAGGAAACGACAUUCUCAACUGUACUCAAAGAAAGAUGACUCUCCUCUCAAAGACGGUGUGUUGAGAGCCAGAGUUGUAGUGUUUUGUGUGGCGUUCAGGCUGAUCAACUGCUUCCUGGUUCAGACCAGCUUCGUCCCUGAUGAGUACUGGCAGUCCCUGGAGGUUUCCCAUCGGAUGGUCUUCAAUUAUGGGUACAUGACCUGGGAAUGGAAGGCAGGAAUAAGAGGAUUCUUCUAUCCACUCCUGUUUGCAUCCAUAUACAAAAUAUUACACUUCAUAAACUACGACUCGGUCCAUCUCCUGAUUUGGCUGCCGCGAGUGUUUCAGGCGCUCCUGGCUGCGUUUGCAGAUGUAAAAUUCUUCUUCCUCAUCCGCACGCUGGAGAGUCGUGACGUGGCAACAUGGAUGUUCUUCUGCCAUCUGUGCUCGUGGUUCUCGUGGUUCUGCUGCACCAGGACUCUGACCAACAGCAUGGAGACCACCAUCACCUGCCUGGCUCUUUUUUACUACCCCCUCCCUGGGUCCAAAACACACAGCAGCAAAAAAUAUUUGUCCCUGGUGGCCUUGGCCAUCGUUGUGCGGCCGACAGCUGUGAUCGUCUGGUUCCCUCUGCUGAUGUAUCAUUUCUGGAAGGAGGAAAACAAACUGAGGCUCAUCACUCAUAAAUGCAUCCCUAUAGGAGCUGUGGCUGUUGUGGUAUCAACGCUGAUUGACUGUAUAUUCUACGACAAGUGGACCAUGGUCCAGUUCAACUUCCUCAAGUUUAACAUCAUCUACAGUGUGGCUGAUUUCUACGGCUCUCAUCCCUGGCACUGGUACUUCACUCAGGGCUUCGCCGUCGUCAUCGGCCCUCACCUUCCUCUCUUCCUUCACGGGUGCACCAUCGCCUUCAAAAGAUACAAGAUUCUGUUGGCAGCAGUCGUCUGGACGCUUGUGGUUUACAGUUUGCUUCCUCACAAGGAGUUCAGGUUCAUCUAUCCGGUGCUGCCGUUCUGUAUGAUCUUCAGUGGUAUAUCCUUGGCUAACUUGAAAGCUUGGCGACGAGCUGCGGCCUUCUUCUUGUUGGUGGGUAACCUGGCUGCAGCUCUGUACACCGGCCUGAUCCACCAGAGAGGCACGCUUGACGUCAUGACCCAUCUCCAGACACUUUGUGACGUCAGCAACAUCUCCAGCCCUCCGCAGACAGACGUCCUCUUCCUCAUGCCCUGCCACUCGACGCCAUUUUACAGCCACGUCCACUGUCCGAUGAAGAUGAGGUUUCUUGAGUGUCCUCCAGACCUCGGAGAGGAGGGUUACGUCGAUGAAGCGGAUAGAUUCUACAAUGACCCUCUUCACUGGCUCAGGACAUCAUUUCCAUACAAAUCUUCUCUACCGACACAUCUGGUUUUGUUUGAUGUUUUAGAGACGGAAAUCUCUCUGUUUUUGCAAGCGAAUAACUUUGUGAGGACAGCGGAGAUGUUUCAUACUCAUUUUCCUGAGGGAAGAGUUGGAGGAAGCAUAUUUAUUUAUGAAAGGCACUGACAAACACUGGAACAAUGGCAAUUUUCUUUCCUCAAGAACAAUGUCACAUGAGAUUAAUUUGCUACUGAUAUUAAACUCACUUUUUUUUUUAAACA